AGCAAUCAGGCAAAAAAGACGGCAAGAACGGAUGAAGAUAAUAUUGUAAAAUUGGACACAGCCACUCAGACGAGGAUAGGUAUCAACUAUGUCAUAAACUUUGCAUCUGCUUUGCCUCGCCCAAUCAUUCAUGAUCAACAAGGACCGAAAGUUUUGGUGCUUAAGGAAAUCGAGGGAAGAUGGACGUUCCAG